UCAAACGAGGGGGAAAUUAUCAACGACACCGUCUCCUUGUGUUGCUAAUUAUUUGUGUGAAUCUAAUUACAUGAUGUGUAGUAAUUAUCUCGUGGUAAGGCGAACGUUAAAGUUUGUGGAUAAGAUAGGGCGAUCUAGAUGCUUCGGGUCGCUGGUCCAUCACCUUCGUGAUUAAAUGUUUCGUUUGAUCACAACUUUAAUUGGUUUUUAAUCAGCAACUAAUCAAUCCAUGAACUUUUCUCAUCCCUCAAGCUGAAAACAUUUAUUCUAUUGUUAUAUUAUUCGGUUAUUCCUCGGAAGCAAUCCUCAUUUAUUGGACAAUACUUGUACCUGUCUAUGCAUAUACACACUUAUUUAUCGAGUAAAAUAUUAUAUACACACUCACACACUUAUUUUCUUGGUUCGUCAUCGCUGUUAGACAUUCAUAUAUUUUCAUGCUUUUGAGUAAUGCUAAAUGGUCGCUUCAUUACAGCAUCUCUCAAAUUUCGCCGAGGUGCUACAGUCAUUCCUUUAAUUUCUAAUUAGGAAAUAGAAAGUCUUUGUCUACAUCGAUAUGUGAACCACAUGGAAUUGACCCAGUCAGCAAUAAAACAUUUUACUGGUGAGUAGAAAAUAUAUCUACGUUACAUCUGUUCCUUACAUGUAAACAUAGGCCUGUGAUAUCUAAGACAAGAAACUGAACCAUUGGAGAUUGACUCACAGACAUUUGUCAGCUUUAAGAAUUGUUCAAGAAUUGAUAUGGAGAACGUUGAUGAUUUGGAUAUUUCUAGCACAACUGUUAUUAACAAUAUAGAUACAGUUAGAGAGACAGACGGGGAUGAGAAAGUUGUAGAGAAAAAUGUUCCUGAAUAUUUCUGUGAGAUUUGUAGGAAGAUAUUCUCUUCAGAAGAGGAGGUCAUCUCGCACAGAGAAAUACACAAGAAGGAAGAACAGUUCCAUUGUGAUAUUUGUGAGAAAUAUUUUGUUUCUAAAAGUAAAUUAACAAAACAUACCAGAAUCCACAAUGGAGAGAAACCUUUCCGCUGUGAAAUCUGUGGCAAAUCAUUCUCUGAUAAUUCUAAUCUUGGAGUUCAUAUGAGAGUCCACACAGGGGAAAAACCGUAUAGUUGUGAAAUAUGUGGGAAGUGCUUCUCUGAAAAUUCCAACCUUGGAGUUCACAGAAGAAUUCACACAGGUGAGAAACCUUUUCAUUGUGAAAUCUGUGGGGAAUCAUUCGUCUAUAAGAGGAAUUUAACAAAACAUAGACGAAUGCACAGUGGAGGAAAACCGUUUUAUUGUGAAAUGUGUGAAAAGUGUUUUGUUGAUAAUAGCGAUUUAGCAGCACACAGAAGAAAGCAUAUUAAAGAGAAACUGUUUAAAUGUGAAAUCUGUGGGAAAUCAUUUCUUAAUAAUUCUCGUCUUGUAGUCCACAAACGUAGCCACACUGGAGAAAAACCUUAUUGCUGUGAAAUCUGCGGAAAGUCCUUUGUUGAUAAUAGUUAUGUAAACAGACACAAACGAAUCCACUCUGGAGAUAAACCUUUCCACUGUGAAAUCUGUGGGAAAUGUUUUAUUACUAACAGUCACUUAAAAACUCAUAAAAUUAGUCACACUGGGGAAAAGCCAUUUCACUGUGAAAUCUGUGGUAAAUCAUUCUCUGACAGUAAAAUCUUAAGAAGACACGAACGUAUUCACACAGGAGAGAGACCGUAUCAUUGUGUUACCUGUGGCAAAUCAUUCUCUGGAAUUAGCGACUUGACUACACACCAACGUAUUCAUUCAGGUGAAAAACCAUUUCACUGUGACACCUGUGGUAAAUCAUUCUCUGAUAACUCAAACUUAACUAAACACAAACGCAUUCACACAGGAGAAAAACCAUAUAAUUGUGAUGUCUGUGGUAAAUCAUUCUCUGCAAGUAGCACCUUAAUUAAACAUAUACGUAUCCACACAGGAGAGAAACCAUAUGAAUGUGAUAUCUGCGGACAGGCAUUCACUGAGGAUGGUCAAUUAAAAAGUCACAGGCGUAUUCACACAGGUGAGAGACCAUAUCAGUGUGAUAUCUGUAGUAAAUCAUUCUCUGUAAGUAGUACCUUAACUAAACAUAUACGUAUCCACACAGGAGAGAAACCAUGUGAAUGUGAUAUUUGCGGGAAAGCAUUCACUGAGGAUGGUCAAUUAAGAAGACACAGGCGUAUUCACACAGGAGAGAGGCCAUAUCAGUGUGAUAUCUGUAGUAAAUCAUUUGCUGGAAUUUCUGACUUGAAUACACACAAACGUAUUCAUACAAGGGAGAAACCAUAUCAGUGUGAUAUCUGUAGCAAAUCAUUCUCUGCCAACUCUAGCUUCAUUCGACACAAACGUGUUCAUACAGGUGAGAAGCCACAUCGCUGUGAUAUCUGUGGCAAAGCCUUCUCUCAAAACAGUGAUUUAACUAAACACAAAGGUAUUCACACAGUGUGAUAAAUCUGUGGUAAAUCAUUCUCUGGAAUUACUGACUUGACUACAGACAAACGUUUUCAUACAGGUGAGGAGCCAUUUUACUGUGAUACCUGUGGUAAAUCCUCUGACAACCCCGAACUUAACACGACACCAACGUAUUCAUUCAGGGGAGAGACUAUAUCACUGUAGUAUCUGGGGUUAAACAUUCUCUCGGAGAAGUAACUUAACUACACAUGCAUCUGUCCAUGUAAAAGUGUGAUUGCAUCAUUGUCAAACAUCGUUAAAACACCCAACAACAAUUAAUAUUU